CUACGUAAACAAUUUUUGAACGAAGGCUGGGCGCGUUUUCUGCAGAUCUAGGAAAGAAUGGAUUCCACUAUUGCCAGUGAUGUGAAUGGAUUCAAGACGCCCUGCAAACCAGACAGGGUGAAGAGCCUUCUCUCUGGUAGCACUGCCAGUCCUAGAACUCCCAUAACCAUCCCUGCCUCCCCUUUCAUGAAGAAACUGGGAUGUGGAACUGGGGUGAAUGUGUAUCUCAUGAACAGAGUUGGUAAACUGAACCUGUCUCCAUGGGCUGUCAAAAAGAUCAACAACAAAUGUGCCUCAAAGCAGGUGGGUGUCUACCAGAGACGACUCUGUGACGAGGCAAAUAUCCUGAAAGGCCUGCAGCACCCAAACAUUGUUGGAUUCCGUGCCUUCACCACUGCCAAUGAUGGCUCUAAGUGCCUGGCCAUGGAGUAUGGUGGGGAGAAGUCCCUGAAUGACCUGAUCGAGUGGCGACGAGAGGAGGGCCUGAAGGCUUAUCCAGCUGCCACCAUUGAGAAAGUGGCCUUGCAUGUGGCGCGUGGCCUACAGUACCUUCACAACGAGAAGAAGCUAUUACAUGGCGACAUGAAGUCUUGCAAUGUUGUCAUCAAGGGUGACUUUGAGACUGUCAAAAUCUGCGAUGUGGGAGUCUCCUUGCAGUUGGAUGAGAAUAUGAAAGUGAGUAACCCCAAAGCAGAGUACGUUGGCACUGAGCCGUGGAAGCCCAAGGAGGCUCUGGAAGAGGGAGGCAUGAUCACGGACAAGGCAGACAUCUUUGCCUACGGACUGACCCUGUGGGAGAUGAUGACUCUGGCCAUGCCUCACUUGGAGAUUGAGAACAGUGAGGAGGAGGAUGUCUCAAUGGACGAGGAUGACUUUGAUGAGGAUUCCUACUAUGAGAGGUUGGGCACCCGACCGGCGCUGGACUCUGAGAGUCUUGGGGGAGCCUACCAGAGAAUGGUGGAGCUCUUCUGGCUCUGCACGGAGGAGAAUCCACAGAAACGCCCGUCAGCUGCCCAAAUAGUUCAGGUUCUGGAGUCCAACAUGCAGGCGGACAACAUCAUUGUCAUAGACUGAUCAGUUAGACUAGUCUCAUUCAAACCAUACUGUAAUAUUGACUAGUCUUGUUUUCGUAUCCAGAAACCUUUCCUGUUUGUCUUGACUUGUAUGUAUGCAAUGUACGGUACUCUUAGGUGAAUUGUAGUAAACAAAAUGUCUCCGUAAAUUGAUAAACCAUUUAAAGAAGCUGCUUUUCUAAAGACUAAUACUUCAGCAUUUUAGUAGUGUCAUGUGUAGCCAUGUGUUCAUGUCAAAUUGAUGUGGGCAUACAUUGUGCAGCACAAUCAAACUGAACAUGUAAUGUAAAAUAGAGGAAGGAAUUCUCAGCUGAAGCAGUCAGAUUGUUAAUGAUCAUGCAAUUAAAUUAAUAUGCUUAGAUGCUCAUCGUCAUUAAGACUAGCCUGACUGAAAUGGUAUCUUUAUCAACUUAACUGUUAAAUACACUGAACACAUGCAAUAUGCACAAAGCUUCUCUCAAAUUUUGUGCACAAAUGUGUUAGGUGAAUGAAUUCUCAAAGGAAAAAUUCUGACAGGUAUGGCAUAUCAAGAAGCUGAUUAAAUGGCAUGAUCAUUACACAGGUGCACCUUGUGCUGGGGACAAGUUCACUUUAAAAGGUGCAGUUUUGUUGCAACACGUGUCUCAAGUUGAGGGAGUUCACAAUAGGCAUGUUGACUGUAGGAAAGUCCACCAAAUCUGUUUCCGGGGAUUCAAUUUCGCUACCAUAAGUACCGACCUCUAUUUCGCUACCAUAAGUACCAACUGCAGACCAAAUGUAACCACACCAGCCCAAAAUCUUUGAAUGUUGCGUUUUAUAUUUUUGCUCAGAUAUUUAGCUCACUAUGCAUUUCUGUAAGUAGCAGCAGCACAUAACGGUUAGUUCUAUUGCUGAAAAACUACUCUACCCAAAAUGCACCUGUUUCACUAGAAGACCGCAGCAUGACAUGUAUUUUCCAAGAAAUUAUGAUUCUGAAGUGUGAUAAGAGGUAAAGAUUUUAUUCAAACUAUGUAGAAGAGAUCAAUCACCAUCUCUUCAAAGUAAGUUACUACAUAUUGUCCAGUUUAGCAUUCUCUAUGAAAUGGGCUUUAAAAUGUGUGAUUAGAAAUUAUGCAUGUAUGACCAUUUAAAAGUGGUGACGGUAGUGUGAUAAUGUAAAUGUAUAUUUUCCUACGUUUAACACUCAUUAAAGGACCAAAAUAUGUCAAAUGUAAUUUCAGCCUUAACCAAUGAAAUUGUAGACCAUAAA